AUGAGCGAAAGACCCAUGUCCCUGAUGAUGCGCAAAAUGCGCGCACAAGAUGCCUCGGAGGCCGCGUCAAAACAGACUCCAAUAGCGUCUGACCAUUCUUCUGAAAACGACAAGCCUCAAUACCCCUUCCGCCGAGCAUAUUACUUCUUUUACGGGACGCUUAUGGAUCCAGAUACGCUCUCUCAAGUCCUAAAAUUGCCAAGGCCACACAUCCCGCCCGUCAUGCGUCGUGCCAGAGUCGUAGGAUACGAAAUCAAGCUUUGGGGGCCCUAUCCUGCCCUUAUUGAGAAGAACACAAGUUCACUCCAGUCAGUGAAUGGCAUAGCGUAUGAAAUCCUGCCGCAGACGCAGGUUGACCGGCUUGCGGCCAAUGAGACGGGGAAGUACUGUUUGAGAUCUUGCAUGAUUGAUCUUUUGAAUGAUGACGACAACGUCCAAGAGACUAUCCAUGGGCUUACUUUCUUAUGGGAUGGAGAACAUGGUGAGCAACGCGAUGGUACGUUUGAUCUGAAGCAAUGGAAGAAGAAACAGUUACGAGAUUUAGAUUGA